GCCUUAUAUUUGUCCAUGUUUUUGGAUGGUUCUGGUAAUCCAUGGUUUCUGGCUUUGGCAUAAUUUAACUGUUCAAACCUUGACCUGGCUAGCUAGCAUUUAGCUAGCUAGAAGUCAGAGGAAGGAGAAUUUACAGACAGGUGAGUUGAUUUCCGAUGAGUGACUUGACCCCCACGGUCCAAGCCAACCACAAAGAGCACCAUCAAGACAUGCAAAAUACUAUAGAAAUAUGAGCCUAAAUUUAGCACAUAUUUAGCAGGGCUGACAAGAGAAGCGACUGAAGUGUCUACGCCUACUAAUGCCUAUAGACAUAUGUGUGGUAGAUGGUCGGACUGGACUGCACAUGUAUGUUAGUGCCUGUAAGUCCCUGUGUGUGUAUCCCACAAGCUAGCUCAUUGCAGGUGUUCUGCACUGCACUGAUUUGGCUGUAACCACUGAUAACGGGAUGGUGGAAUUGUGGAAUUCCCAGCCCUGGUUAACACUGAUUAUGUUCUUAGCAUCAUUAACUGCUAGCUGCCGGCUCAGCCACGUCCAUGUUGAGAGCCAUAUGCAAACAACCUCUAAAUCAUAGACCCACUCUGAAUAUUGUUUACAGCUCCUUUAAAGUAAGAGAUGUCCAAAGCUAAUUCAUGUAUUACAAUGCCAGACCAUGCCACGUGCAUCCAUGUGUUGCCCCUUUUUGCCAAUAAACUGCUGUUAUUUGGCUUAUGACCAAUCUGUCCACAAAGUGAUGGGUAGGUAUCGCAGCUUUUUUAGCGGUUUUUUUUUUUUUUUUUUUUUUGGUGUAUUUUGAUCCUCUUUCUACUUUAAACUAAUUCACUUUAACACAUUUUGUAGAAGGCUCUUCAAAACAAAGACCUGUCUUAGAUAGAUACACAGUAGCAGCUAAUGUAGUAACAGCUUUGUAUUUCCCUGACAGGUCCCAUGGUGUGGUACCAGAAGUUUGAAUAUGCAGUGGGCCACUGGCUCCACAAGGCAGCAGAGCAUGUGUUUGGCUGCGUGCUGUGCAGCCCUGGCUGCUUCAGUCUGUUCAGAGCAGCAGCGUUGAUGGACGACAAUGUGAUGAAGAAAUACACCAUCAAAUCCUCAGCGGCUCGACACUACAUCCAGUUUGACCAAGGUGAGGACCGCUGGCUGUGUACUCUGCUGCUGAAGCAGGGAUGGAGAGUGGAGUACAAUGCGGCCUCUGACGCCUACACCAACGCCCCAGAGGAGUUCAAAGAAUUUUACAACCAGCGUCGGCGAUGGGGACCAUCCACCAUGGCCAACAUUGCGGACUUGCUGGGCUCUACCAACCUGAUUUCCAAGAGGAACCCAUCCAUGUCCAAACCCUACAUGUUCUACCAGCUCUUCAACUUGGCGUCGUCUAUCCUGGCGCCUUCCACUGUCAUCCUUAUUAUCGCAGGUAGUUUGACUGUGCUGCUAGACGUUCACCCCAGUGGUGCUCUGAUCAUGGCAAUCAUACCUCCGGCUGUCUUCCUCGGCAUCAGCUUCAAGAUCAAGUCAGACAUUCAGAUUCAAAUUGCAGCAGUCAUGAGCAUCCUGUACGCCUUCCUCAUGAUGAUAGCAGCGAUUGUCAUAAUAGGCAACAUGGUGCGGGACCAAACCAUCAUGAAUCCAAGCAGUCUCUUCAUCAUCGCCCUUGCCAGCUUUUACCUCUUUACUGCACUUUUGCAUCCUCAGGAGAUUGGCCUGGUGAUCUAUGGCUUGCUUUACAUUCUGUGCAUCCCCAGCGCCUACCUGCUGCUGGCUAUUUACUCCAUGGUUAACAUGAACAACGUGUCCUGGGGCACCAGGGAGACAGCUCCUGCUGCUGGAGCCGCCAAAUCUGCAGCCACCACUCCACAAACCAAAGCCCAAAAAGCCAAAAGCGCCUUUAUACGGUUUUUCUCACGGGCCAAAUGCUGUAGAAAGCUCUGCUGUAGAGGCAGUGAAGAUCAAGAACGCAUCCUUAGCCAGGAGAAUCUGAGCAUGGAGGCAAUGGAGCCUGAACCUCAACCCCAGAACACUAUUGUGGAUGAUGUGAGCAUGCCUGUGGAGGAACAGAGGCGAGAGGAGCCUGCAUUCACCUGCCCUAACCAAAAUUGGGUCGAACAACUGCAGAGUUUGCCUGCUGACAUGCGUCUACAGGAGGAUACCCUCAAUGAGGAGGAGGAUCAGUUCUUCAGAGAGCUGAUGGCCAGAUACUUGGAGCCUAUUCCUGAGAACAAAAAGAAACAGAAAGAAAUGGCUGAGAACCUCAAGGAGCUGAGAAACAAGAUUACCUUCGUCUACUUCAUUUGCAACGCCUUCUGGCUCAUAGCGACCUUCACUCUCCAGGUCAUAGACGUGCCCAUCUUCAUCCAGGUGCCAGAACUCGACACCAACCUGGAGUUCACCGGAGACUAUAUCUUCAUCGACCCUCUGGGCUUCAUGUUCAUCCUGGCCUUCGCCUUGCUGGUGGUAGUCCAGUUCUUGGCCAUGCUGUACCACAGAAUAAACACCCUGAUCCAUUAUGUGGCCUACCUGGAUACAGAGUCCCCAACUGAAAAACAAAUACAACAACAGCCACUCAUAGAGGUCAACGAUGAUGAAGACAAAAGCAGUGAUUACCCAAUCGUCCAAAGAAACCCUGACGGCGGAACUCUGGUGUAAACAAGGAAGAACUAACCUGUUUUUAGCACUUUGGAACAAUAAGUACUGUAUCUAUGAUUUAAAAGAAGCUACACUUAACUUAUUUAAAUUGUUUUCAUUGAGUUGAUUGAUAUUUUUAACAAUCCAGUGCCUCUCAUAAGACUAAUGAUAAUGAUUCCACCAAAACUGUAGAACCAGAACGACACAACCUCAGUUUGUGUGUGUCUUGUGUGUUUGUGUGUAAAUCACCAUGGCAACAUCAAGGUCGUACAUUAAAUGCUGCUAAUGACUGACAGCUAAGGCUC